AUGACACCACUUCCGCCCCGCGACUUUCACUUCUUCCCCAUCCUCAACAGACCCGUCGAUCCACCCCCACUCGUGCUGACGAGCACGACAACCUGGAGUUACUGCGGCCCGCUCCUCCCGCUUCCCGUUGCUGAGUCUGCGUCUGACUCUGACCUCGCCGUCUUCUCCAACACCCUCCCAGAAUCCUUCCACACCUGGGCUCAUCACACCUUUGCUAGCCCAUCCCCAGCAACAAACUCACACCCCCUCCUAACCCACCUCCUCCCCCUCCUCCAAUCAACCCACACCUUCCUCCGCACCCACAACACAACCCACUACUGGCUCACCAUCCGCGCCACCCAGCCCACAUCCGCCUUCAACAACCCCCGCUGGCAUACCGACGACGCCUUCUUCCUCGACCCGCGCCAAAGCGAACACGCCCGCAACCAGUGGAAACUCUGCGCCACAUUGCAAGGUCCCGGGACGUUAUUUGCUGCCGACGGGGGAGGGCAAGGGCAUGUUUGUUCGACGAUGAGGUGUGCGGCGUGUGGGAGGACGAGUGAGGUUGUGAGGGAGAUGGUGGGGAAGGAGUUGGAGGGGAGGGAGGUGGUGCAGGUGGGGAAUGGGGAAAUGGUGUUUUUUCGGUUGGGGGGGAGGGAGGGGGCUGUGCAUUCGGAGCCGAGGAUGGAUGGAAAGGGGGAUGGGGGUGGUGGGGGAGAUCGGGUGUUUGUGAAUGUGGUGCCUGGGACGGAGGAGGAGUUGAGGGGGUUGAUGGGGAGGUGGGGGAUGGAGUUUCCGAGGAGUUGGUCUUUGGGCGUGCCGGUGGUGUAA